CCCACCUGGGACCGAAUCAUUGCAAUGGGCAGGGGUCCUUAGGUCAGGGUGCCGCCACUCCAGCCCUCCUCUGGCCUCCAGCUGGGAGUGCCUGGCGCGCGCCAGCUGCGCUCGCGGCGGGUGCCCCACAGCUGCCUGUCGUCUCCACCCCCAGCUGUGAGGCCGCGACUCCUCUAGUCUCGGAAGGCGCCCCACACCUGCUGCUGCCUUGCCCUGUCUCCCCGCACCUGCGGGGCUGAGCACCCCCGUGACGGGAGGUCCGCGACCAGGGCAGGUGUAGGGCGUUCCCCCGCCUCCCUAACACCCUGCUCUCCCAGGGUUUCCUAUGCGGGUCUGUGAUGGGGUAGAGAAAGAUCAUGUGGGGUUUAUAUGCAGAUUCCCCCCAGUCCGUCAAUCCUCUUGGGAGCCCAAGUAAAGAUGUAGCUCCAUUUCCUAGGCUAGCAUCUCCUGUUGAUAGAGCCCUUUCAAAGUGGGAUGCAGCAGGGCAGACACUGCGCUGAAUCUUUAGAGCAACCCCUCCGAGGAAUAUCAUUUUGUACCACUCAGAAGUUCCUUAAUAGUCCCAUCCUUCCCUUUAUUUUCCCCAGUACUCUGACAUUGAAAGGCUGGUGAGUGCUAGGCUAAAGUUCAGUUGGGUUUGAGAUACCCCAAGGAACUGGGCUACUGCCCCCAAACCCUGGUCAUUAGAGACACCACCUCCGUAGGCAAAGGGUUGGGUAACCUCAAUUCUGGGUUUCCACGUGAUAGUUGCCCUGAUCAAAUCUAAAACCUAAAGGCCAGGAUCCGGCCAUCCCUCAAUGGACCCCAGGGGCAUCUUGAAGGCAUUUCCCAAGCGGAAGAAAAUUCACGCCGAUCCAUCAUCAAGAGCACUUGCAAAGAUUCCCAAGCAAGAAGAUGGAGAAGCAGGAGAAUGGCUGAGCUCCCUGCGGGCCCAUGUUGUGCCCAGUGGCAUUGGGCGAGCCCGGGCAGAGCUCUUUGAGAAGCAGAUUAUCCAGCACGGUGGCCAGAUAUGCUCUGCCCAGGCCCCAGGCGUCACUCACAUUGUGGUGGAUGAAGGCAUGGACUGUGAGCGAGCCCUCCGCCUCCUUCGACUUCCCCGGCUGCCCCAGGGCGCUCAGCUGGUGAAGUCCACCUGGCUAAGCCUGUGCCUGCAGGAGAGGAGGCUGGUGGACACGGCAGGAUUCAGCAUCUAUAUCCCUAACAGGUACCCGGACCAACCACACGUCAGCAAGGCAGACCAAGACUUUUCUGCUCCUCCUGGAGCCCAUGAGGCUCUGCUCAGGACAGCCCUCUCUCCUCCCUCUCCUCCCACGAGGCCUGUGUCUCCUCCCCAGAGGGCAGAAGAGGCCCUGAGCACCCAAGCCCAGCCUGGCUCUGAUGAUGAAACCAGUGAUGGGGAAGAGAACCAGGUUAGCGCAGCUGAUCUGGAAGCCCUUAUCAGUGGCCACUACCCCACACCCCUUGAGGGAGAUGAUGAACCAAGCCCAGCCCCUGAGGGCCUGGAUAAGUGGGUCUGUGCACAGCCUUCGAGCCAGAAGACAACUAACCACAACCCCCACAUCACAGAGAAGCUGGAAGUGCUGGCCAAAGCCUACAAUGUUCAGGGAGACAAGUGGAGGGCCCUGGGCUAUGCCAAGGCCAUCAAUGCCCUCAAGAGCUUCCACAAGCCUGUCACCUCCUACCAGGAAGCCUUCAGUAUCCCCGGGAUUGGAAAGCGGAUGGCCGAGAAAAUCGUAGAGAUCCUGGAAAGCGGGCAUCUGCGGAAGCUGGACCAUAUCAGUGAGAGCGUGCCUGUCUUGGAGCUCUUCUCCAACAUCUGGGGAGCUGGAGCUAAGACUGCCCAGAUGUGGUACCAGCAGGGUUUCCGGACCCUAGAAGACAUCCGCAGCCAGGCCUCCCUGACUACCCAGCAGACCAUUGGCCUGAAGCAUUAUGAUGACUUUCUGGAACGCAUACCCAGGGAGGAGGCUGCAGAGAUUGAACAGACAGUCCGGGAAUCAGCUCAGGCUUUCACCCCUGGGCUGCUGUGUGUGGCAUGUGGUUCUUACCGACGCGGGAAGGCAACUUGUGGUGAUGUGGAUGUGCUGCUCACUCACCCGGAUGGUCGGUCUCACCAGGGCGUCUUCAAUCGCCUCCUUGACAGCCUUCGACAGCAAGGGUUCCUGACGGAUGACCUGGUGAGCCAGGAGGAGAACGGCCAGCAGCAGAAGUACUUGGGUGUGUGCCAGCUCCCAGGGCCGGGGCGGCGGCACCGACGACUGGACAUCAUCGUUGUGCCCUACAGCGAGUUUGCCUGCGCCCUGCUCUACUUCACUGGCUCUGCCCACUUCAACCGCUCCAUGCGGGCUCUGGCCAAGACCAAGAGCAUGAGCUUGUCGGAGCAUGCCCUCAGCACCGCUGUGGUCCGGGACAGCCGAGGCCGCAAGGUGGGGCCUGGCCGAGUGCUGCCCACUCCCACUGAGAAGGAUGUCUUCAGGCUCUUAGGCCUACCCUACCGAGAGCCAGCCGAGCGGGACUGGUGACCCGUGGCUGGGGGGAGGGGGGACUGCCCCACCUGGCCAUCCAGUGCUUGUCUCCAGCCUUAGUGGGCUGAACCUCACUACUUCAACAGCCUGGGCCUGAGGGAAAGGGCCAGCCUGGCUCCCACGUUCUGUCCAGCCCUCUCCCCAACAAGAGCAGACUGCUGGCCUUCUGCCUCCCCACUGCCUCUGGUGGAGUUCUGGACAUGCCCCCCUCCCCCCCCCCCCCCCCC